CGGCGAGAACUCCACGUGACAGUUCGUGGCACUCGCGGUGCCGGCGCCGGCUUCAGUUGGAGAAGGGGCGCAAGCGCGGGCAGGGGGCAGGAGGCGGGGUGUGCUGACUGGGGUCUCUUUCGUGCUCUCAGCCCCCUGCGGACGCCACCAUGGGGGAUGCGCCGACCCCAGAGGAGAAACUACAUCUCAUCACCCGCAACUUGCAGGAAGUCCUUGGUGAAGAAAAACUGAAGGAGAUCCUGAAGGAAAGGGAAUUGAAAGUUUACUGGGGGACCGCAACCACUGGCAAGCCCCAUGUGGCUUACUUUGUGCCAAUGUCAAAGAUCGCCGACUUCCUGAAAGCAGGAUGUGAGGUGACAAUCCUCUUUGCUGAUCUUCAUGCAUACCUAGACAAUAUGAAGGCUCCAUGGGAGCUCCUGGAACUUCGGACCUUUUACUAUGAAAACGUGAUCAAAGCCAUGCUGGAAAGUAUUGGGGUUUCCUUGGAGAAGCUAAAAUUUGUCAAAGGCACUGAUUACCAGCUCAGCAAAAAGUACACAUUGGAUGUUUACAGACUUUCCUCGAUGGUCACUCAGCAUGAUGCAAAGAAAGCUGGGGCUGAAGUAGUAAAACAGGUGGAACAUCCUUUGUUGAGUGGUCUGCUCUACCCAGGAUUACAGGCCUUAGAUGAGGAAUAUCUGAACGUAGAUGCCCAGUUUGGAGGAGUUGAUCAGAGGAAGAUUUUUACCUUUGCAGAAAAGUAUCUCCCAACCCUAGGCUAUUCAAAGAGGAUCCAUUUGAUGAAUCCUAUGGUCCCAGGAUUAACAGGCAGUAAAAUGAGCUCUUCGGAAGAGGAGUCUAAGAUUGAUCUUCUUGAUCGGAAAGAGGAUGUGAAAAAAAAACUGAAAAAAGCCUUCUGUGAGCCAGGAAAUGUGGAAAACAAUGGAGUCUUGGCCUUCAUCAGACACGUGCUUUUCCCUCUCAAGUCAGAGUUUGUGAUCCUUCGAGAAGAGAAAUGGGGCGGCAACAAAACCUACACGGCUUACUCGGAACUGGAAAAGGACUUUGCGGACCAGGUGGUGCAUCCUGGAGAUCUGAAGAAUUCAGUUGAAGUGGCCUUGAACAAAUUGCUGGACCCCAUUCGGGAAAAGUUUAAUGCUCCUGCAUUGAAGAAGCUGUCCAGCGCAGCUUACCCUGACCCAACAAAACAGAAGCCACUGGCCAAAACUUCUACCAAGAACAUGGAGCCGGACGUGGUCGUCCCAUCCCGGCUGGACAUCCGUGUGGGGAAAGUGAUCAGCGUAGAGAAGCACCCUGACGCAGACACUCUGUACAUGGAGAAGAUUGACGUUGGGGAGCCGGAGCCGCGGACGGUGGUGAGCGGCCUGGUUCACUUUGUUCCCAAGGAAGAGCUACAGGACAGGCUUGUGGUGGUCUUGUGCAACUUGAAGCCCCAAAAGAUGAGGGGAGUGGAGUCCCAAGGGAUGCUUCUGUGUGCUUCCACGGAAGGGGCAAACCGCCAGGUGGAGCUCCUGGACCCUCCUCAAGGCUCUGCCCCCGGAGAGCGCGUGUUUGUGGAGGGUUAUGAGCAGGGCCAGCCUGAUGAGGAGCUCAAGCCCAAGAAGAAAGUCUUUGAGAAACUGCAGGCUGACUUUCGGAUCUCCUCGGAGCGCAUUGCCCAAUGGAAGCAAACCAACUUGAUGACCAAACUGGGCUGCGUCUCUUGUAAAACACUGAAGGGAGGGAGCAUCAGCUAACUGUGAGGCCGGCCUCCACCCCCCCACCACCCAUCACAGGCUGCUCUCCCCAUCCCUAGUCCACCAGCCCCUCCAAGGAGCCUCAUCUUCCAGGUGUCUACAGCUGACUGGGGGCUCCAGAUUCCCAGUGUCCAGUGCUAGGUAUGCGUCCCUUGAGAACUCGGGCUUGAGGCUGCAGGAGGCUGCCCACCAGAACCCAGACAUCCCACCCCAUUCCCAGGAGUCGGCCUCCCACAUCUCUGCCAAGAAUUGGGAUCCCUGAGAGAGGGUGGUCGAAGGAAGUGAUGCUUCUGGCUCCUCUGUUGGCAGCUGAUUUAGGAACUCUUUCCCAAAAGAUCCAGUUUUCGUGUAAUUGGAGGGAGGGGGGAGGGAUAUGCUGUAAUUGUUCAAAUUGGAAAACGAUCUGUUCCUUGGCUUUCCAGUGGGGAUCCGGCAGCUGUGCUUCAGGGGCUGUGCCUCUGGCUGGAGCUCGGUGCCAGAAGUGGGCUAAUUACAGCUUCUCAGGAAGUUGUGGGGUUUGGGAAGGCAAAUGUUUACAAGGAAUGAUUGUUUUGUCCAACCAUCUCCUGGCCCCUUUGCCAUCUUCCUACCAAGGCUUCCUGAGCCGUGCCUGGCAACCCUUCAUCCCCAGAUCUCCCCACACCCUAAACCAGGUGUGUGGAUCAUAAGCAUCACACCAUGCUAGGGAGGGGGGUGUCUUUUUAAAGAGGGUGGGAAGUGACUUCAUAAUCUGAAUCAUUGUCAUAAAUCAGAAUAAAUGUCUAACUGAAA